GAAGGUCAGCCGCCAUUACUAUGCUUCAACGUUAGUUUAGGUCGUACUCCGUCCGUCUUAUUUAUACGCCCAUGGUUAAAGUAGUGUUUGAGUUCGUGUCAUAUAAUUGUAAUUAUUUCAGUUGUAAGUGGAAAAAUAGUGAAAUAAAAGUGAAAAAAGUGGAAAAAAAUAACAAAGUGCCCCAUCUCAAAACUUUGCACGCAUGCGCCGCCUUAUUUAUCGCGGUGACCCUCCCACAUUUGGAUGCGUCUCGCUGGCAGCCGUCGAACGGGACCCCACUCGGACCCCUGGAGUGAAAAUCCACAGGAACAAAAAUAAGAACUGACCAAUAAGCGAUUUUCGCUGAUUUUUAGACAAACCAGGAGGAGUUUGCCUACACAUACAACACCAUCGGGAUCGCCCCGGGAAGACAAACCAGAAGAGACCCAGACCACCGACCUAGGACUAGGCGUUCAGGAGUAGUGGUCCAAAAACCGCUGCAGACCCCAACGCCAGCGAUUUCAGAGCCCUCCACAGCUGAAGUUUUAAGGACUCUUAGAAAAUGACAGAGACAAGCCUUGCGGGGUGGUGGCCAGCGACCACGCUAUUCACCAGCACCCUUGGCUGGUAGUUCUGGAGUACCACUACAGGCGCCACAGCGGCGGCAUCCGGUGUGGAGGCGCCCUUGUUGACAGCCGACACAUUAUCACGACGGCGAACUGCGUCGUUUUGGGCAUGUUUCCCAUCAUAAUGCUACCUCGGCUGGGAGAAUACAACAUGUCUUCGGACCCUGACUGCGAUGGCAACAUCUGCGCAGACCCUCCGGUGCGCAUGGUCAUCCAGAAGAUCUUCGUGCACCCUGGCUUCCGUAAGGACAGGAAGUUGUCAGGAAAUGAUCUGGCCAUUCUUGUGUUGGAAGUUGAGGCGCCUUAUACAGAUUUCAUCCGGCCAGUUUGUUUACCCAGCGGAAUCUUAGAUGAUCAGACUUUAUUCUACGCUUCUGGUUUCGGAGCGACGCCAUACGACGUCAACUUUUCUGAGGUGAAGAAGAACAUUCCUGUACCAUACUACCCUAAUUGUUGGAAAAUCUAUAGAUACUUAGCAAAAGAUUUUAUUUGCGCUGGUGGAGUAACAGAUUUUGAUACUUGUAGUGGCGACUCUGGUGGUCCUUUGGUGAGAAUGGGUGAAAGAUUCGAAAUUUGGGGCGUCACCAAAGGUGGACAUAGUAUUUGUGGAUCGCAAGGCGUACCCGGGUUGUAUACAAGUGUUAUGUAUCAUCUAGAUUGGAUUAACAAAAUCAUUGAUAUGACUCGUAAUAAAACUAGAAAUGACCAUAAAAAUUUAGGGUUACGACGAAGUGGCUCUAUUUUUCUUCUUGUGAUAUCUUUUGUCACUUCAGUAUCUAUAUAAACAUUUUGAAUAGCAUGAAAUAAAUUUGUAAUUUAAGAAUUGGUAUUCUUAACAAAAAAAAACAAAAAAAAAACAUUAUUGCUUUGUUAAUUCUCAUUUCGCAUUUAAGUAAUUAUUUAUUUGUAUAAAAUAUAUUUUUUUGCUCUUGGUACGCUUUAUCUGUAAAGUUAGAGAUUUAACUGUACAGAUAAAGCGUAACGAUACCUAUACAGAAGAUGUUCAUACGACUGAAACAUAUUCGUCGCAUGAAAGGCAAAACUUCCUAACCGACACAAUUUAAUAAAAAGGGUUGUAAAACUAAAUUCAGUCAUAAGUUUCCAUACUGUUUGUUUGUACAGUUGUUACAGUACUCACUAGUACGGAGGGAAGAAAUAAUUGUUUAGACCACAUAAAAGGCUGUGAAUAUGUUUUCUUAGAGGAUCACUCACUCACUACGAUGCAAUACUUGUAAAUGUUUGUUUUCGUUUAGAGAUUGUUUUCUUUUAAAAUUAUUAAUUAAUGUUAGUAAGAGUAAGUACACCAAAGUCUCACUGCGAGCUUUUUAUUUUGAAUAAAUGUUUUUUUUUUAUUAUUUUUAUAAGUCAUAGUUAUAGUUAAGAAUUAAUGAAACAUGUAUGAAUUAAGUAUGUAUGAGUUUCUAAAAAAAAAUUAACUUGAAUAUAUCCUGUGAUGAGGAUGAGAUGUGAGAUGAUAUAUAACAAAAAAGUUUCAUUCAAAUCCGUCCAGUAGUUCCGAAGAAUAGCGUGUACAAGCAGACAAACAGACAUAUAGACAGACAGAUUUUUGUUUGUUGUUCUGUUACUAUGACUCUACCGCAUAGUUUUGUUUUUGAAUAACAAAAAAUAUUAAAUCUUAAUCAGAACAGGUCCUACUUUCCUUAAUACUCUCAUGAUUUACAAAUCUCUUAAAUUAAUUAAAAUUAUGGGGCAUCAAAAUACCUAAUAAUACUUCUUCGAAAUGAAUACUCGUUUGAAAUGUUUGAGAUUAUUCAACAAAAUUGUUUAACAGCCUUGUUUUUGUAUGUAACAAAAAUAUACACUACUGAUGAAGGUAGUGUAAUAUUAUUUUUCAUUUAUAAUAUAAUAAUCGAAUUACAUAUCUGCAAAGAAGCUACCUACCUCAUAGGUAUAUAAACCGAAUUUAAUUAAAUGUAAAGCAAUGUUUCAUAAAUACUGGAUUAUUGUUUGUGUUUAAUUUAUUUUGUUAUUCUUGUAAGUUACACUUGUAAGAAAUGGUAACUAAUUUAUUUUGUUAGAACCUGAAGUAAUUACAAAAUGCUUCAAAAAGACAGAAGUUCCUUGUCUAGUUACCUAUGGUGAGGAGUUCUGCAUACUUCUGGAAAAAAGAAAA